AUGCCAUCACAAAGAAAAACAACGGCCCCUAGUCCCCAGCAGGUCUUAAGUGGUCAAGAGGUGCCAAGAAUCCCUGGGAAGUAUGCAAUAUCGGAGAGAUGUUGCAGAAAAAUUCAGAAUGGCCCCUCUAUGGUACAUAGACUUGGAACGCUCAAUGUUGAAUCACUGACUGGCCGCAGCAUGUGGAAAUCGCAGAAAUGCUCGAGCGUAGAAGGAUUAAAAUCUGCUGCCUUCAGGAAACCCGAUGGAAAUCGAAUGGUGUCUGUCAUGUCAACUCAGACAAAGAAAGAUAUAAACGAUUCUGGAAUGGUCAAAAGACGGCCAAAAAUGGUGUUGGAAUUUUUGUCUGAGAAUCGCUAG